AUAAUGAAGAAGUUCAAAUAGUAAUAGCCAAAGUUUUAAACAAAGUUUUAGAUAAAAAUAAGGUUUCAAAAGUUUUAGAUAAAAUAUUCACCCCGAACAAUACUAAAAAAGAAUGCUAUCAGGAAAU